AUGCCCGCGUCCCCCCGAUCCCGUCGCCCGCGGCCCCCCGAUCCCGUCGCCCGCGGCCCCGCGAUCCCGUCGCCCGCGGCCCCCCGAUCCCGUCGCCCGCGGCCCCGCGAUCCCGUCGCCCGCGGCCCCGCGAUCCCGUCGCCCGCGGCCCCCCGAUCCCGUCGCCCGCGGCCCUGCCAUCCCGUCGCCCGCGGCCCCGCGAUCCCGUCGCCCGCGGCCCCCCGAUCCCGUCGCCCGCGGCCCCGCGAUCCCGUCGCCCGCGGCCCCCGAUUUCCCGUCGCGCCGCCCUGGGGAGCCGCGCGCGGCCCCUCGCUGCCCCGUGGUGGCGUCCUGGGGGCCGCGCGCCGUCCCCCUCGCCGUCCCCCGUGCUCCUUCCCCCGUUCCGCCCGUUAUUUCGGGCCGCGGAGCCUGUUACUCCUGUACUCCGGGGCACUCAUUCCCGGUAGCCACGUUGUCGCACCAGAGCCGUCUGUUGCCCGUGUGUCUGCAGCUUCAGUCGUCGCCUCCUAUCUACUCUCCUCUCGCCAGCCCUCCUCCUCCUCACUUGCCCCCUGUGACUGCCUCUAG